UGGGCAUCUGUGAAUACAGUCCAUACAGUUAUAUACAAAUAAACAUCGAACACAGAAACCGAACCCUAAAAUUCAAUUCUCUCCCUUUUGUUCUUUAUUCCUUUGCGCGAAUUUCAAUUGCGUCCAAACAAAGCGUCGACGAUAUCGCCUUUCGCAAUCAGAUCUGCUCAAUUUUUGAUUAUUAACAAGUGGAGAGAGAGAGACAUCAUGAUUCUGAGCCAGCCUGAGAUCAGGGUCCUCGACGUUAAGUGCCAUAUCUCCUCCGCUGCGAAAGAGCAGAACAGUUUUCGAGUUUCUGAGUCCGUGCGUGCCCAAACUUCUGAUUCCGCUGAAACGCCUCGAUUCGAAUCGGGCAUGAGUUUUGCGACUACUAGCAUUGAAGAGCCCACCAUUGAGUUUUUCCCAACUAUACGUUCAGGGAGCUUUGCUGACAUUCGAGGCCGAGAGACCAUGGAGGAUGAACACAUCUGCAUAGACGACUUAUCAUCUCAGUUUCGAUCCCUCAACUUCUCGUUACCAAGUGCUUUCUAUGGAGUCUUUGAUGGCCACGGCGGACCUGAGGCGUCGCUUUACAUGAAGGAGAACUUGACGAGACUGUUCUUCCAAGAUUCUGUAUUUCCGGAGAUGCCCUCCGUUGUGGACAACUUUUUCUUGCAAGAACUUGAGAACUCUCACCGGAAAGCUUUUGCUUUGGCUGAUCUCGCCAUGGCUGAUGAAAGCAUUGUCAGUGGUUCAUGCGGGACAACCGCUUUGACCGCUCUCAUUGUCGGACGACAUCUUCUGGUCGCUAACGCUGGAGAUUGCCGUGCAGUGCUAUGCCGGAGAGGAGUGGCUGUUGACAUGUCUUUCGAUCACAGGUCAACUUAUGAGCCUGAGCGUAGGCGGAUUGAGGAUCUAGGAGGGUACUUUGAGGAUGGUUAUCUCAACGGUGUUCUUGCUGUCACACGUGCCAUUGGGGACUGGGAGCUCAAGAGUCCUUUCUCUGGCUCCUCUUCGCCUCUGAUCUCAGACCCAGAUAUUCAACAGAUUAUUCUAACAGAGGAUGACGAGUUCUUGAUUUUGGCGUGUGAUGGUAUAUGGGAUGUAUUGUCAAGCCAGAAUGCAGUGAGUAACGUAAGGCAGGGACUGAGAAGGCACGGAGACCCGAGACAAAGCGCAAUGGAACUUGGGAAAGAAGCUGCGAGGCUUAACUCAUCAGAUAAUCUGACGGUUGUGGUCAUCUGCUUCUCCUCGGUUCUGGCUUCAACUCAACAACCGCAGAGGAGAAGGUUAAGGUUCUGUGUUUCUGAUGAAGCUCGAGCCCGGUUACAAGCGAUGCUUGGAGGCGACUGAAGCCUGUCUUUUUUGGCAGUAUAUAUAAAGAGGGAUCGGUUUAGUCCGGUCCAGUGAUUAUUUCUCUGAUUUGUGAUUGGUUUCAGUGAGAUCAAAAUAAAAAGGACUUUUACAGAGGUAGAAGAGAGGUAAGGACAUGUUUGUAAUGUUGGUUGGUCAUUUUUGAUUCAUCUGUUUAUUAGGUUGUUUCAGAAGAGAGAAUGCUAGAGAAAAAGCAACCUGAAGUUUUGUUAGGAUUAUUGAAACAGAAUCACCAAAUUGGUGAAUGAGUAUUUCAAGUUUUGAACUUUGUUCUUUUUUGAGGAUUAGUGAUGUUUACCCAUUUGAUGUAUUAAGGAUAAUUUUUUUAGUUUUAAGUAUUUGAAUAUGGAUUUGUGAUGUACC